ACCAGAAUAUUAAGUCACUUAUUGUUCGUCCACUUCGUAUAAUCGUGACGUUAGCGUUUACUAAUUGGCGAAAGAGCGCCAAAUCUGAUCAAAAUCUGAUGGUACGGUUCAGUGGCGCGAAAACUACCGACUGAAAUGGCCGUGUCGUUAUACGUCGUGCUAGUGCUCGCCACGACAGCGCUAGGAGCGUCAAUUGCGCCUUCAGAAACACAAGUCGUGGAAAAGUCAUCAUGUGGACGAGUUUGGGUGACAGUCCACUCUCCUGAGAAACGGUACUUGGGACAAACCUUGAUUGAUGUCUUGGAGCUUAAUUGGGACUUCAGAGAAUGCUCCACCAUUCCUAGACAAAUAGGUUUAUUUGCCAAUCGUCCCUUAUCUUGGAACAAUGCGAUUGCAAUUUUCGCCAUCGGGUCCCCAGAUGGUCACAUAAUCACUAACGUGUCCCUAGGAGAGGGCACGUUACCAGCAGGAUGGGAUACGGGAGCUGGGCCCAGAGGGCCUAUCUGCUUAUGGCCCUGGGUUGGAGCUGGAGACAAUAACAUAGAAGCCUUUAAUUGUUUGAAGAUACAGCCUACUUGGAUGGAAGACAAUGCAGAUAAAAUUAACAAACUUCGCAUCGGUGAGUUAGCUCUGGCCGGCAGCCACAACGCGGGAGCGUGGCGCUUCGACACGGAACUCAGCAGCUUAGCCAGAGACAAUUUCAUUUUGUGCCAGGACCGCUCCAUUUGGGCACAACUAGUCCACGGAAUCAGAUACUUAGACUUUAGGAUUGGCUAUUAUGAUUUUUACGACAAAGAGGAAGACAGAUAUUGGCUCAAUCAUAACUUAGUCAGGGUUCGACCUCUGGUACCGCUUUUGAGAGAAAUCAGAGCGUUCUUGGACAUCACAAAUGAGCUGGUGUUCCUUGAUGCCCAUCACUUUCCAAUCGGCUUCUACAAUCCUGACGGAACACCGAUCAGGGAAGUCCAUCAAGGCUUGCUAAGAAUUAUACAAAGGGAGCUGGGACCGCACAUAGCACCGGCCAAUCGAUUUGCCACCGGAGCCGGAAGCAGAGGUCCGACGGUACAGAGUCUGAUUGAUGCAAAUCAAAGACUACACUUCAGUUACGUCGAUAACAUAAUAGUUAAUGAAAACAAUUGGCUGUGGCCGAAUCUGCCACAUCUUUGGGCGAGAACUAACAAUCCCACAGAGCUAUUCCUAUACUUAGACCAGGCGAUUAGCGCGUCACCACAGCCGACGGCACGCUCGCCAAUGCACUCAGCAAUGGCCCAAACCACGCCUUCUGUUCUCGACAUUCUAUUGUUACGCGGCUCUCUGCGUAUUAAUGCUGAUGGAGUUAAUCGUAGGGUGACGGCCCGUCUCACAUCACUCUGGCGACCAAACGCGAACAUUGUCUCCACAGAUUUCUUCCUCGGCAACGACGUCAUCGACGUAUCCAUAGCGAUUAGCGUGGAGCGUGCUGAGCAGUUAUGACGUCAUCGAGCUCGUAAUAAGACGGGAGGUCUGCAUUUAAACAAUAAAGUCCAUAUCACAGUACCUGUGCUACCUCCCAGAGUUCCGUAGCUCCCGCGCAAAACAGACCACUCAACUUUGCUCUGAUUGGAAUAACCGUCUUCACUCAUACGAUGAAGAUUGACAUAGUAAUUUGAAUCCGCAAUUUUAUAAUGUUAGUACAUGUGACCGGUGUCACAUUAACGAUUUUGAAGCGGAGCCAAAUAGUUCGUUGAUUUACUAUUAAAUUAUUAACAUUUGUAUUUUAGCUCAUAGUUCAAAACUAGUCUUGUACGCUGUAGUAAAAAAAUUUAUUGUACAUAAUUAAACAUGGUGCCAAAGUGA